AUGCUGUGUUGGGUUGACCGAGCAGAGUCCCACCCGAGAGCUGGUCCCAGCAGUCUGCAGAGCCUGGAGGAAACUUUAAGAGACUGGGGCUUGUCUCAGCUUGAUGACAUCAUUUCCUCCCUUGAGAAAUGGGCAAAGACAGCCCUGCAAGCUAUUAUGGACCACCAGUCAGAGUUAGAGGUCACAAAAAAGGGGGGACUUCAUGCAAGGACAGAUUUGAUUGAGAUAAUGGCAUCCCAGAGCGUUGCCUUGUUUAGCGUUAUCUUGCGCAUUAUCUGCAUUGCGCAUGUCCAUUCAGCACCUAUUACCUGCGGACUGCAAAGGACAUUGGUGGAGAACUCCCACAGUCUCAUGGAGAACAUGGGCGGUCGUUUUCCAUUGGAGUGUCUUCCGCAUAAUGUGGCUAUUGAAUUUCCGACAAGUGCCUUUCAGACUGGCAACGCUACAGAGACCCUUGGGGCUGAAAGAGCAGUUUAUGAAACUCUGAAAUUUAUUGACACCCUGUUUGAAAAUAACUCUCCACCGACCACCUGGAACACAGAAAACCUAGAUGCUUUUCAGAACAUAAUUUACCGUCAGAUCGUGGAGAGCAAAUGCAUUAAAUCAGGAACGCCACAAGGUGAUUUCCACAUCAGAGAAUCAGAGCUGAAGACGUACUUCGCCCAAGUGGCUGAACUAAAGGACCUUGGUGUUUGCGGUUGGGAAGUGGUUCGAAAAGAACUCUUGUCCACCUUCCAGUUUAUACUUCAAAACAACUCCGUCAACUUUAUCUAG